UAAUGUUGCCAUCUGCUGGUAGACAUAUGUUACUACUCCCGUCGCCUAGUGAUGACGUGCUCCAUGUGUUUUCUUUUUCCAGCAUGGUGACCUCCUAGGCCGGUAAAUACUGUCUGUAAGAGGUAAAAGAAGACGAGCGAAUUGUAAAUGCAGUGAGUGAACUUUCUGUCACAUUCAGUCGAUUAUUACAAGUUGUUGGUACUAUAUACAAAAACAUAUAUCAUUUUCAUCCGCAUAUUUAGAUUCAUAUUUUCGCUGGAUGAGUUUUUUCUUUGAGCUCCCUUUCUGUGACAAUGAUCUGAAAUAAUGGCUGCGCAGAUGCCCUUAGCGCGACUGGCGCUCGUGCAUAGACUGCUGAAGGUCGGCGCGUCCUGUCAAAGACGUCUCCGCUGCAAGGACACACUCGCUUUUUCAACCUGUCCCGUUAAAUGUAACGAGAGCACGGGAGACAGCUCGGACUCCAAGCCCCCAAGUGCUGGGCUCGCAUCCGGGCUGCUGUCCAGAGGGAGACGACCCCUGUCCCCCCUGGACAGGAUCAGCAGCCUUCUGCCCCAGGACACCCUGAGCCCCGAGGUGCUCCAGCUGAGAGAGAGCGGCCAACUGGACCCGGAAGAAGACGUGAACGUCCGGCUAUCGAGCACGCGAGAAGAUGACCCGGAGACCCCGCGCCCCUCAGAUGCGGCCGCGGUGACGAGCGUGUCGCCGCGGCCGCUCGCCCCCGGCGAGCUGCUCGUCGCCGAGCAUCGCAGGAAGGAGCGCGUGGAGUUCAGCAAGAUGUUUGAGCUUCAGACGGGGGCGCGCCUGGGGAGCAGCUGGGGGGUGAUCUCGCACGACGACGUGGCCGGGCGGCCCGCGGGCAGCUUCGUGAGGACGAGCAGGGGCGUAAGCAUCCUCGUGCGCCGGGCCAGUCUGGAGGACUACGUGCUGUACAUGAGGAGGGGCCCGGCCAUCGCCUACCCGAAGGAUGCCAGUGCCAUGCUCAUGAUGAUGGACGUCACGGAGGGGGACUGCGUGCUGGAGUCGGGAUCGGGGUCCGGGGCCAUGUCUCUGUUCCUGUCCAGAGCAGUCGGCUGUAAAGGCAGCGUCCUGAGCGUGGAGGUCAGGGAGGACCACCACAAGAGGUCGGUGCUGAACUACAAGCGCUGGAGGGCGUCGUGGAGCGUGCGGCGAGGCGAGGAGUGGCCUGACAACGUCCGGUUCCACACUGGUGACCUCUGCAAGGCAUCGCCGCUCCUCGCCGCUCAUGGAUUCCACGCGGUCAGUGACAAUAACCUCAUGUGUAUGCAUUUAUUUCUCUACUUUUCGUUGCUACUCCUGCUCUGCUCCUUCGUCGCAGGUGGCUCUCGACCUGACGUCCCCUCAGCUGGUUCUACCCACCGUGGUCCCGCAUCUGCACCCCGGGGCCGUGUGUGCCGUCUACCUCGCCAACAUAACACAGGUCAUCGACCUGCUGGAGGGGCUUCGGUGUUCGUCGUUGCCGCUGCUGUGCGAACGCAUCGUGGAGGUUCCAAUCAGGGACUGGCUGGUGGCUCCGGCCCUCCAAAAGGACGGGAAGCACUGCGUCAGGAGAGAUCCCACCCUGGACCAAGACCAGAGGCAGGAGACCAACAGAGAGACCAGCACAGAGGAACAGCCAGCCUUCGGGAGUAUUCCCUACUUAGCCAGACCUCACCCCGCACAGAUGAGCCACACAGCGUUCCUGGUGAAACUGAGGAAGUGUGUGCGGUAACCAGUCUGCCCGGAAGGAACCCCAGGACGACACAAUUACUUUAAAUUAUUUUAAGAAUAAAAAAAGAGGGAAAACGUCCAUUGUGGAGCAUU